UUUCCCGACUCACAAAAUUGAAAAUUAAUUAAGACACUUCCUCCCGGCCCAACUAAUUCUGCUAUUUUUGGUAACCUCCUCGUCAAAACGACGUCGUGUUGCCUAAACCGAGGUUUCACCUUCUCUGCCCUGGCUUUGACUCUGAGAACCUAACAUCUUCGUUUUCCAUCGGAAGCUGAAAAUGGAGGGCCUGUGGCGAGCCGCGGCUGGGCUGGACCCGAAGCCAGAGGACUACGAGGGCGUGGAUUUCUGGUCGACCCCCGAGCGAGCCGGCUGGCUCACCAAGCAAGGCGAGUACAUCAAGACCUGGCGUCGCCGCUGGUUCGUCCUGAAACGAGGCAAGCUCUUCUGGUUCAAGGACUCCUACGUCACCCACGAUUCCAAGCCACGUGGCGUCAUCCCGGUGGGUACUUGCCUCACCGUCAAGGGCGCCGAGGACGUCCUCAACAAGCAGUUUGCCUUCGAGCUCUCCACCAACCGCGACACCAUGUACUUCAUCGCCGACUCCGAGAAGGAGAAGGAGGAAUGGAUAAACUCCAUCGGACGCUCCAUAGUCCAGCAUUCGAGAUCCGUCACGGAUUCCGAAGUCGUCGAUUAUGAUUGCAAACGGUGAUCUGUGUUUGUGCUUGUAUACACCAGAGGUGCGCUCCAUCUCGUUAAUCCUCUAUACGCGUGUGUACAUAAGAUCGUUUUCGUGGCUCUAUUUGUAAAGAAAAUUGUAUUUUCUUUUCUUGUUGGAUCUGUAAUUUUCUUUAAUUUGAGUCGGUUGUUGUUCUAA